AUGAGCGGGCAAGACUCGGACCUAUCCAGUCUAACAUCGACCGCCAAAGAUGUCAUCCGAAGGCUAUCCAGCAUCAGCCAUGAAAAAUACUCGUUCAGUACGGCUAGCUGUGAGCCAUACAACACAGCAUGGGUCGCCAUGGUCACCAAAACAUCUCCUAAUGGCCAAAAAGAGUGGCUUUUCCCAGAAUGCUUCUACAAUUUGUUAAAAACUCAGAACAAAGACGGAUGUUGGGCUUACCACCCCCAGACCAAGACAACCGGCGUGUUGGCAACAGCUGAAUGUUUAUUAGCUUUGCUGAAGCAUAGCAAGGAGCCUCUCCAAGUUGAGGACGUAUCUGUUGAGGAAUUGCGCAAACGCAUCGCGCUGGCUACUCGAUCUUUGAGAGUACAGCUGCAGGACUGGGAUGACGUCCAAACAAGCAAUCACAUUGGCGUAGAGCUAAUCACUCCCGCUCUUUUGGCCUAUCUUGAGGAAGAAAACGGAUUGCUAUUCCAAUUCCCGGCGCAAACAGCACUUCAAGAGAUGUACACGGCUAAAAUGUCCCGUUUCAAGCCUGAAUAUUUGUACCAAAACAAAGUCUCGACGGCCGCACACUCACUGGAAGCCUUCAUCGGCAAAAUUGACUUUGACCGUGUAUCCGGCCACCUUUAUCACGGAUCCAUGAUGGCUUCCCCCUCCGCAACAGCGGUAUACCUUAUGCAUGCCACGGUCUGGGAUGACGAGGCCGAAGGAUUUUUGCGGCAUAUUAUCAAAGCCGGUGCGGGCCAUGGCGACGGUGGAAUACCGGGCACUUUCCCGACGUCGUACUUUGAGUAUAGCUGGACCGUUGUGACACUUCUGCAGGCCGGAUUUUCCACCGAGGAUCUGGGCACGAAGGAGCUUGGUAUUAUAGCCGAUCAUCUUGAAGCCGGGUUUAAAGAGGAAGGAGGAAUUAUUGGAUUUGCUCCCCGGGCCCCGGAUGCGGAUGAUACAGCCAAAGGGCUUAUAGCUCUAAAUCUGAUGGGACGCCAGGCGUCCCCAGAGCAAAUGAUCAAGGUUUUCGAGGGUAGAGACCAUUUCACCACAUUCGGGUCAGAACGCGACCCUAGCCUAACAUCCAACUGCCAUGUGCUGCUAGCUUUGUUGCAAUGUGCAGACCUAGUUCGCUAUGACCCGCAGAUUAUCAAAACCACCAAGUUUAUCUGUGACUACUGGUUUUUACAGGAAGGACGCAUUAGGGACAAAUGGCAUCUAAGCCACCUCUACCCGACAAUGCUGUUGGUGAAAGCAUUUACCGAGCUACUCAGCCGCCUAUCAAACAGCGCCGCACUGGAAACAAGCCAGCAACUGCUUUGGCGUGUCCUUGUAUGCCUGUUCCAAGCAUGUCUGCAUACUCUGUCAGAACAAGAAGAGGACGGUUCCUGGGGAGGCCUUCCAGAACAAACGUCUUACGCCAUCCUCACGUUAGCCGAGGCACAAAAGUGCAGCUUUUUCAACGGGCCCGCCAUCGCCAGCCGAAUUCAAGCUUCCAUCAGUCGAGGCGUGCGCUUUCUGGAGACGCGAGAGGUCGGACCCGGUGACCACAGCUGGAUAUCGAAAGCUGCAUACCGAGUAGCAUUUGUCGCUGAAGCGUACGAGCUUGCCGCGCGUAACGUCGCCCACCUGAAAAGGAAGGUCACCAUCGGGGCCGACAUAGUUAUGCCUUUGUCUGGACUGGAAUUCGAAACCUACAUCAAAAUCUUUCAAGAGACUCCUCUGUUUUCAAGCACGCCCGAGUGGCAGCUUCGGGCGUGGCUGCUUGAAUCUAGCGUGUUCUUGCCGCUUCUCUGGGGUGACGAAUCUGGCAUUGCCGAGCAUAAACUCUUAGACAUACAAGUCUUCGCCUUGGUCAGCUGCGCCCGCAUGGGCUCCUGUUUCAUAUCGACCUCCAGGUUGUAUGAGAAGAUGCUUAGUUCCAUGCAUAGUCUCCAAGCCAACAAGUCCAAAGACGCUUCCGCAGGUGUGUCUAAGUUGUGCGACUUCCUCGACACGGAUUUCAAAGGAAUGAUUCAGACACAGAAGGCUUUGGAAGCAGAUCUCGACAGCAACGCGAAUAUCAAUGGCAACGGCGUUUCAGAGACGCCUGACAAGUUCCACGGUGGGAUGGGCAAUUUCUUGGUGCAUGUUUUGAAUCAAAGCUUAGUAACAGCAGCUUUUGCCGUUUCGCUUCUUUUUGCCUAG